AUGAGUGAGAGAAGUUCAGCGUUCCCAGAUAUUGUUGUUCAUGGGGUGCCCGACCGCAUCCUAGACGCCACAGGCAACGCCCUGUCCACCAAAUGGAGGGAAGACAUGUGCCGCAUCCCCAAUCAGAAUGGUGCGCUUGGCAAACCAUUUGUUGACUACGCGGUGGCUAAACUGGAACGUUCGGCAGCGGAGAACCUCGAUGCAGCCUCGGAGGAAGUCACUUAG